GCCUCCACUCAGCAGUGACGGCAUCUGAGCCAACACAAUUCGGCGUCGCUCGUCACGCUCGUCUCUUGCAUCGUGCCCACCACCUAUCGCCGAAUUUAUUACCGACUGCCUUCGGCUUCUAAAAAUGAGAUUUCGGCUUCUCUUCCAGUUUCCUGGAAUGCAGGUUUUAAGUCCACCUAUCGCGCUGUUUGGUUGACCCAUUUCUUAUAUUGCUAUCGUGUCUUGCCUUGACUACCUUGGUUCGCAUUUCACAUAAUCUGUUUCUUUUUGGCGCGUCAUUGCCUCUUCCAGAACUGCUUGCCCGUUCUCUUUCGGUGACCCUAGCUGUUCAGCAUGGCGGUAGAGAAGUACGACAUCGUAAUCGUCGGCGCUGGACCUGUCGGCCUCAUGUUAUCAACGUGCCUGGCAAGAUGGGGAUACAAGAUAAAACACAUCGAUAACCGGGCCGAGCCGACGCCCACCGGACGCGCAGACGGCAUCCAACCCCGCUCACUCGACCUGCUGCGGAACAUGGGCCUCAAGCGCAAGAUCAUGUCGCACGACCCGGCAAAAGUGUACGAAGUCGCCUUCUGGGAUCCAAAUUCGAAGGGCAUCCACCGAACGGGCACAUGGGCUAGCUGCCCCAGGUUCAUCGACGCGAGAUACCCCUUUACGACGCUGCUGCAUCAGGGUUUGAUUGAGAGAGUGUUUAUUGAGGAUAUUGAGAAGAAUGGGGUGAAGAUUCAGAGACCGUGGACUAUUACGGGGUUUAAGAAUGAUGGGAAGGAUCCUAACUACCCGGUUGAAGUGAGUAUUGCGCACGUGGAUGGAACGCUCUCGGAGGCUGUGCGGACGAAGUAUCUAUUCAGCGGCGAGGGGGCGAAGAGUUUUGUGAGGGAUCAGCUGGGAAUAGGAAUACUGUACAAGGACCCCAUUUCGCAUGUUUGGGGAGUGAUGGACGGUGUAGUGCGAACGGACUUUCCCGAUAUCAAGAUGAAAUGCACCAUCCACUCCGACGCCGGCUCCAUAAUGGUGAUCCCCCGUGAAAACAACAUGGUCCGCCUCUACAUCCAAAUCGCCUCCUCCACCGACGCAGACUGGAACCCCCGCAAAACCGCCACCGUAGAAGAAGUCCAACAGCACGCCAAAGAAAUCCUCAAACCCUACACCAUCUCCUGGGACCGCGUGGAAUGGUACUCCGUCUACCCUAUCGGUCAAGGCAUCGCAGAGCGCUACACGCUCGACGAACGCGUCUUCAUGGGCGGCGAUGCAUGCCACACGCACUCGCCCAAAGCAGGCCAGGGCAUGAAUACCGCAUUCCUCGACGCCGUAAAUCUCGCCUGGAAAAUGCACCACGUAGAGUCCGGCUUCGCCCCUCGCUCCAUACUCUCAACCUACGAAUCAGAACGCAAACUCAUCGCAGAAAGCCUGCUCGACUUCGAUGCCAGAUACUCCAAACUCUUCUCCGCGCGGAUCCCCUCCGCGGGCGAAGUAGCAGGCGCCAGCGCCGACCAACCCGCCGAAGAAAACGAAUUCGUAAAAACCUUCAAAGCCUCGUGCGAAUUCACCUCCGGCUACGGCGUCGCCUACCUCCCCAACGCCAUAAACUGGGGCGCUGAACACCCAGCCCAACACCCACUCUUCCUUCCGCACGAAAAAGGGACAAAGUUGCGCACCGGCCGAACACUAAUCCCCGCAACCGUAACCCGCGUCGUCGAUGCCAACGUCGUGCACCUCGAGCAGGAGAUCCCGCUCAACGGCUCCUACCGGCUGUACCUCUUCGCCGGCAACCCCUCCAAAACACGCACCGCGUUGCACGACCUCGCAACGCACGCCUCCGCCCCGUCGUCCUUCUACAGCAUCUUCGCGCACAAAGACACCUCGGCUGAUCGCUACCACGAGCGCCACAACCCGCACACGUCGUUCCUGAGCCUCUGCACCAUUUUCAACUCCGUCCGCUGCAUAGUAGACAUCGACGCUAUGCUCCCCGCUGUGUUCGCGCGCUACAGAGAUCACGUGUACGCGGACGACGUGUGGGACCAGCGGGUUCCGGACGCGAAGGCUGCCGCGCACGCGAAGAUAGGGUUUGAUGAGGAGAGGGGCGGCGUGGUGGUUGUGCGGCCGGACGGGUAUGUCGGGUGUGUGGUGAGACUAGAGGAGGGGCGGGGCACGUGUGAGGCGCUGAAUGCGUAUUUUGGGGUUGUGACGGGGAGGAAGUUGGGGGACGAGAGGGCCGCGUUGUGAGGGUGGAGGACGGUGCAGGCUGUUGGGGGUUGAUGGGGAGAGUGUCUUGGAUACCAUUGCGUUUGUUCGUUGUUGUCUGAUGUAGAUUGCGUUUUUCUAUACACCUUUUUGCAAAUUCACGCAACAAUUGCCGUACUAUAUAUCAUCCGU